CUCACAAUCACCAGCUAUCUACAAUAUAUCCUCCUUUUGUUGGCAGUGGCAUUUCUCAAGGGGAGUACAGACCUGAUUUUACAUCUCAAUUUACAGCCUCAUUUCCUCGCUAUUCUGGAGUAUCAGGUCACAACAAACAGUUUAUGUCACCUGGUAUGAUGAUGUUUGUCUCCAAUAUGCAAAAAGGUUGAGGUCGAGGUCGAGGAUAUUUUCUGCCAAGACUUAUCUGUCAAGUCUGUGGGAAAGCUGGUCACUCUGCACUUCAGUGUUACCAUAGAUUUGACUAUGGAUAUCAGGGCUUCAAUGGCGCCUCUCCUGUUAAUCCUGUCUCUGCUCCACACUCACCUCAUAGUCCUGCCAAUGAUUCUGCACAAGCUUUACUGGUAGCCAGAGCUAUGCUAUUCAACCCCAAUCAAUCUCCAGCUUAUGGUUUUCCUGGUCCUAUGUCUUAUUUCACACCACCUUUGCCACAAUCUCAGUACUAUCCUUCAUUGCCACAAACUGGAGUUUCUCAGUCUCUUUCUUCAUCAGUUUCACCUAGUGCCGCUGGCAUCUUUCAAGCAUCUGAAGCCAUCCACUUACCUGAGCAUCUUCAGUCAUCUACAUCUGUUGCCACUUCUCAAUUCCUCACUGAUCAGAACUGGUUUGUUGACUCAGGGGCCACCAAUCAUAUGACUGCAGACACUCAUAAUCUGCUAGUUAAAUCUAAUUACCAAGGAGGCAUUCUAGUCCAGGUUGGUAAUGGGCAGUCAGUUCCCAUUACACACACAGAUUGUGAUUUUGCAGAUUUGACAGAUGCUUACGUUACUGGUGAUUCUUGGAGAUUACCAAGCUGUUCAUCAAAAUCGGUUACUUCUACUUCUACUGAUAACUCUUCCACUGCUGUCGACUCUGCCUCUACUACUGCUAACACUCAUUCAAUCCCCUUAGUUACUCCCCAGCUUCUCCAUCACAAGAUAUUUCAGUAGCAGCCUCUACUGAUCAACACAAUCAAUCUUUGGUCUCAAGAUCUUCAGAGUGCUCAGUAUCAAUCCCUUCUACUUUACAAGAUAUUCAUCUAGAAGUUGUGCUUCCUCUCUCACAACCUGUUCUAAAUGACAAUAUCCAUCCUAUGAUCACUAGAUCCAAAAGCCAUUUACAAAACUCAGCAGCUUAUGCCUGUCUGUCCACUCACACUAUUUUACCUGAGCCAAAAUCUAUUGCAGAAGCCUUAUCUAUCCCAGAAUGGAAAGAGGCUAUGCUUGCUGAAUAUGAAGCUCUCAUGAAGAAUCAGACUUGGGAGUUGGUCACUAAAACAUGAAUUUAGUAGGCUGUAAGUGGUUGUUUAGAACAAAGCUAAACUCUGAUGGUUCCCUACAGAAAUAUAAAGUCAAGCUGGUUGUAAAGGGAUUUCAACAAACUCCAGAGUUAGACUAUUUUGAUACAUUCUCUCAAAUAAUUAAAGCUGCCACUAUAAGGGUCAUGUUAUCUUUAGCAGUUUAUUAUUAGUGGGAUAUCCGGCAAAUUGAUAUAAAUGACGCCUUUCUCAAUGGAGAGUUAGCAGAAACAGUUUUCAUGGCUCAACCAGAUGGCUUCGCUAAUACAUCUCAUUCAAAUCAUGUGUGUAAGCUUCACAAAACCUUAUACGGCUUAAAACAAGCUCCUAGAUCUUGGUUUGACAAGCUCAAAAGUGCUUUACUAUCUUGGGGAUUUGUUAAUUCAACCUCUGAUGUUAGUCUAUUUUAUUUUAAAAGAGGAUCUCAAAUUGUCUAUCUUUUGGUGUACAUGGAUGAUAUCCUUCUUAUGGGCAAUGAUUCUCCACUCAUCUCUAGA